AUGCCCAGCCCGAGCCCUCCUCGCCAGCCCCGGGGCGGUCGGCCUCUGCCAAAGCCCCGGCGCGGCGGGACGCUUCGGACACUGGCGAGACGUGGCGACCCCGACAGCGACGGAGAGGCGGGUGGCUGGCGAGUGAGCUGUCGCGAUGAAGCUAGUGAUGCCACCCACAGCGACAAAUCACAUUUGUCUGAGCUUUUACCGAGCAAUACGGCUCUUUACAGCAUUGUCUCAACCUCGAGGACCCUUGGUCGCCUACCGAGAUGUUGGUACGGAUACAGCGCGCACUCUACUGCUGGCGUCGACCGCCACGUCAUGAUGGUUCGCAGGGCCACUGCAUCGAGCUGA